AUGGAAGACUACACGGGGGGCCCACGGGCUACCCGAAUGCCAUUCCUUGCAUAUUUCUUCUCUGCGGACGCCAGAGGCGCCACUAAGACCUACCUCGGAGGGCAGCUCGCGCAGAGUGUCUUUACCAGCCUAUCUGGGUUCAAUACUUCGAAAGGAUCUUUGGCAUACCGGAGCCAGCAUGUUUCCAACCACAGCCAGUCCUACAUCCGACCGGGCAGCUCCGGUGCACGCAAGGGGGACACCGGAUCUGACGACACGAAAUCGUACGAGCACCAGCAGGGUAAAGCGACCAUUCCACCACAACAUACUAGGGGUUAA